UUUCAUUUACUGGUUACUGUCAAAAUACUUAGUUUAAUUUGUAGGAUUGAAUGGAAGCAGUAUGUACCAGUAAGACUGAUCAAGCAUGCCAUUAAAUUCAUAAGCAUGUCUUCGUUUGAUGCAGCUACUUUGUCUGACGAGCAAAAGGCUUUAUUAAUACGUACAGCAGGCUUAUAUUGCCUGGAUGUUCCAUCACAUGAGAGACUUAAUCUGACAAAAAAAAUUACUCAGCUUUUGACUAAGAAAGAAGCACAGUUGGGAAUUGCUGCCUUAAAUGCCAUCCUGGAUGUAAAAAUCGAUAACGGUAUAAGAAUAAACAUAGUUGAUGCGUUGAAAAAGUUUGAGUCAUGUGGAAUCAAACCUAACCCAGAUACUUUUGGCAUCAUUUCUCGAAUAUAUGGUGAAAAAGGUGACAUUCAUUUAAAUAGUAUCGGUUCAACACCAACUCAGCAAAUUUUCGAUUCCUUAAUUUUCGGCCUGUCGCUUAUUGAUCAAAAUAAACAUGCGAUAUCUUUAAUCAAGGUUUUCAAUCUAAUUUUCCAUCUUUUGGAGUUAUGUAAACCUUCAUAA